UUUUUUUUUAUUAUUAUUUAAAUACAAUAGUGAAAAAAAUGUAAUCAUUCCGAUUUUUCAUAUAUCAAAUACUGCUGAUUUUAAUCAUCCGGCAAUACUAGCUCACAUAUCAGUAUAGCAUUGCCAACUGCAACAUAAUGCCGGAAAAGCAACAAACAAAGCGGAUGUACGAAGACAAAGCAAAUAAUGAAAGGAAGCGUUAACAAUUCUGGAAGUAAAAGGAAAAGAAAUUAUAAUUUAAAAACUGUCAUUAAAUAUAUAUUUGUAUAUAAAAUAAUAUUUUUUGAGUGAAUCUAGCACGCACCAUAUCUCCUUUCGAAGUAUAGAGGUAUGCUACAAACAAAGAGCAAAACAUAGAGCUGUUGUCUUGGCAACGGCACAUACAAACUUGGUGCCAACAAACAAAUAGAAUUACUCGCGUCAAGAAGGUGUAAUUGCUAACGUGUAGUUACUAGUUGUAGCGUUGUAAAAACAUUAUAUAUUUUACCAAGCGUUCAAAUGAAUUAUUAUGAUGAGGAGAUUUCAAUCAAUGGGCCAGAUUCGAAGAAUCUAAGCCAUUUUAAUAUGGACAGAAUGCCAAGCAAUGGCAGUGGUCGGGACAUUAGUGGCACAAGCGCUCAACGUUUAGCUGCCGCAUCAACUAAUCGAACCGCUACUCUGCGUCAGAGAAACAUUCUUCAUGGUAGCUCCACAGACGAUGAUGGCCUCUUGCAGGAUAUCAUUGACCACGAUGACGAGGAUGAUGAUGAAGAUGAUGACGAUGAAAGUGAAAUGCAACCGCGCAUAAUGGACGCAUCACGCGGCAUAGCCAACCAACGGCCACAGACACGUCCGGGCAGCGCACGCAGUACCGCCAAUGUAUUGUCCGCUAAACCACUCAAGCGUGGUGGUGGUCUGAUAGUACCAUCGGAAAGUGAAUCAGAUGAAGCCGCUUCACCGCAACCUCAAAUAGAAAUCGUUGGAGAUUCAGCAGCAGUGCAAUCCUCACCACAAGAGCAACAGUUGUCCAUCAAACCGGAAGAUUGGCAGAAUUUAACUGUACAUCAGGAGCUGAAAGAUCUCUUUCCACACAUACUGAAAUAUACGCCGCAGUCUAUUGAUACACCGUAUCGCCUACAACCAUUUAUACCGGAUUUUGUGCCAUCUGUUGGUGAUGUGGAUGCCUUUCUCAAAGUCACCAUACCGCCACUAUCGAAACCACAACGUCAGCAAGAAGUCAAUGAGUAUUUACAUAAAAUGGGUAUUUACCUGCUCGACGAGCCAUCCGGUGAACAAUCGGAGCCAAGUUUGCUUAAUAUGAAAUUGCGUUCUGUGCUCACUGGCAGUGGCGCUAAGGCACGCUCCGCAUCGGCUACCAUAAUUCCGACUGCCAAAACGCCUAAGGAGAUUGACAAGUGGAUCAAUGAGGUGGAAAAACUGCAUAUGACACAAAUGGUGAAUGAUAUACAACCGCGCAAAGAGAUUGAGCCCUUACUGAUGAAUUGGCCGCGCUCGUAUGCUGAUGCUAGCGAUGCGGUACAACAAGCUUAUCAGCGUUGUCUGGAAGAUGAUGACAUUGCGCGCUAUGUGCGUACGCUGUGCCAACAGUUCGAGGUGCAGGGGCCUGCGGAAACGCAAAUUGAUUACAUAAUGAAUGUACAAACUUUGUUUGCAUUAUAUUUGGCGGCCAAUCAGGCCUGGGAAUGAUUAACACAAACCUCAAAUGUUUAAAUGUUUAUAAAGGCACAGUAAAAAUGUUGCCGCAC